AUGUCUCUGAAGAUAAUUAAUCUGAUCUUACUGAUGUGUGUUUCUGCAGGCUGCACUCUGGAGAACAGAAAACAACUACUGAAUAUCACAGCUCAUACAGGAGGGUCAGUACUGCUGCCCUGCUACUGCACUGACCUACACACCACACCUGAGGGAUUCAGCUGGAAGAAAUACAACAGAAACAGAAGGGAAGAGAUAUCUAGUGAGGGUGGAGACAACAGAAACACAACAAACUGGGAAGACAUAUCCAGGGAGAGUGGUCAGUACAGAAACAGAGUUCAGCUGGUUAAUGGUCACUCUCCAGGAAAUCUCUCUCUACUCAUAUCACACCUGACUGAAGAGGAUGAAGGAGAUUACUACUGUGAAGUUAAAGGUUCUGUUUUAAACAUCAGACUGACUGUAAAAGGCUGCACUCUGGUGAACAGAGAGCAACUACUGAAUAUCACAGCUCAUACAGGAGGGUCAGUACUGCUGCCCUGUUACUGCACUGACCAACGCAAAAAAUCUGGGAGAUUCAGCUGGAAGAAAGACAACAGAAACACAACAAACUGGGAAGAGAUAUCCAGUGAGAGUGGUCAGUACAGAAACAGAGUUCAGCUGGUUAAUGGUCACUCUCCAGGAAAUCUCUCACUACGCAUAUCACAUCUGACUGAAGAGGAUGAUGGAUUUUACAUCUGUGCUGUUAAAGAACCUCCACAGUCUCUGCCCUUCAUCCCCUUUGCCUUGGUCACUGUGAUCUUUCUCCACAUUAUAGUAGCUGUGGUUUAUCACACCAAGAGAAACAAAGAUCCUGCCAGAGUUCACUACAGCACUGCUGAUGGAGAUGGAGUGGUCAGUCUGGAGUAG